AUGGAGAGGACUGUUCUGUACCCAAUGGAGGGGAGUGUUCUGUACCCAAAGGAGGGGAAUGUUCUGUACCCAAUGGAGGGGAGUGUUCUGUACCCAAUGGAGGGAGUGUUCUGUACCCAAUGGAGGGGAAUGUUCUGUACCCAAUGGAGGGGAGUGUUCUGUACCCAAUGGAGAGGAGUGUUCUGUACCCAAUGGAGAGGAGUGUUCUGUAUUCAAUGGAGGAAAGUGUUCUGCGCCCAAUGGAGGGGAGUGUUCUGCGCCCAAUGGAGGGGAGUGUUCUGCACCCAAUGGAGGGGAGUGCUCUGUACCCAAUGGAGAGGAGUGUUCUGUAUCCAAUGGAGGAAAGUGUUCUGCGCCCAAUGGAGGGGAGUGUUCUGCGCCCAAUGGAGGGGAGUGUUCUGCACCCAAUGGAGGGGAGUGCUCUGUACCCAAUGGAGAGGAGUGUUCUGUACCCAAUGGAGGGGAGUGUGCUGUACCCAAUGGAGGGGAGUGUUCUGUACCCAAUGGAGGGGAGUGUUCUGUAUCCAAUGGAGAGGAGUGUUCUGUACCCAAUGGAGAGGACUGUUCUGUACCCAAUGGAGGGGAGUGUUCUGUACCCAAAGGAGGGGAAUGUUCUGUACCCAAUGGAGGGGAGUGUUCUGUACCCAAUGGAGGGAGUGUUCUGUACCCAAUGGAGAGGAGUGUUCUGUACCCAAUGGAGAGGAGUGUUCUGUAUUCAAUGGAGGAAAGUGUUCUGCGCCCAAUGGAGGGGAGUGUUCUGCGCCCAAUGGAGGGGAGUGUUCUGCACCCAAUGGAGGGGAGUGCUCUGUACCCAAUGGAGAGGAGUGUUCUGUACCCAAUGGAGGGGAGUGUUCUGUAUCCAAUGGAGGAAAGUGUUCUGCGCCCAAUGGAGGGGAGUGUUCUGCACCCAAUGGAGGGGAGUGCUCUGUACCCAAUGGAGAGGAGUGUUCUGUACCCAAUGGAGGGGAGUGUUCUGUACCCAAUGGAGGGGAGUGUUCUGUACCCAAUGGAGGGGAGUGUUCUGUAUCCAAUGGAGAGGAGUGUUCUGUACCCAAUGGAGGGGAGUGUUCUGUACCCAAUGGAGGGGAGUGUUCUGUUUUCAAUGGAGGGGAGUGUUCUGUACCCAAUGGAGGGGAGUGUUCUGUAUCCAAUGGAGGGGAGUGUUCUGUUUCCAAUGGAGGGGAGUGUUCUGUACCCAAUGGAGGGGAGUGUUCUGUACCCAAUGGAGGGGAGUGUUCUGUACCCAAUGAAGAGGAAUGUUCUGUACCCAAUGGAGGGGAGUGUUCUGUACCCAAUGGAGGGAAGUGUUCUGCACCCAAUGGAGGGGAGUGUUCUGUGCCCAAUGGAGGGGAGUGUUCUGUACCCAUUGACAUUGAGGGAUGGUGGCCAUUGACAGUGAGAGACGGCGGCCAUUGA